UGAUCCAAAGACGCCAGCUAGCACUCAGCCAGUCAAUCCCCACCAGCUAGCACGAACAUCUGCUCAAGAGUAGAGCGCAGAUAGAGAAAUCGGUCUUACAUUGGAUAGUAAAUUUUUACGUGUGUAUGUGUGGAUAUAGCGAAACAUACAUGUUCGUCCCGACGAGCAGGCGAUCUGCUCAGUCAGUCCCUGUCGUAUGGUUGUGAGAAAAGCUGCGUGAAGGUCGAUUGAUAAAAAAGGGAAACCCACUGUAGGUACUCGGAGCUGACAGGCGAACGUACUGGCAAAACUAGACUUACUAGAGCAGACUACGCUAAGCUAUAGUAGCUAGUAACAGUUGAAGUGUCACUGUAUAAUUUAACGGGUGAUGUAAAAUCAGCGAGAAUAUAUCUAUACACGAGUGAGGUUGGGGAAAUUAAGGUAGACAAAUUUGCCCGCGCAUUUGGAUUUUUUUUUGUGAAAACUGUAGUUUUUUUGUUAUCUCGUUUAUUUCUGGCGAAAGUCAGUCCGAGAGGACAGUGUUAAAUGAUUCAGAUUGUCUGUGGACGAAUCCACCAGGAAGAGGCAGAGGAUCUCGCUUUUUAAAUGUUUGUGAUAUGAGGGUGUUAAAUGUACGUUACCUGCAAGCGUGUCCAAAGCUAAAUCCUUUACCAUAAUCAAGGAUUCAGGAAGGAUUUAAGACAUACUUCAGCGGAUAUUGAAUUCAGUCGAAUUCGGCCGGUGACCGGUGACUAACGAAAGCGCAAUUUCAUAAGGCAAAGGGCGGUAUCGUUGAGUCAUGAUCGUUUAAGGCACUUGCAACAAUUAUUUCAUGCGAGUCCUCCAGCAUUCGAAUUGAGUGCAACCACCACGGCCAUUUCCGUAACAUUAUGGCUCUCCGAAUGCUACUCCUCCCUGUCGUGGCACUAAACUUGAUAGCUGGAGCACUGACCUGCCACAGCAACUGUGAUUGCAAAUGGAGGCAGGGCAAGUUUGGAGCUAACUGUCCGGACAAGAAUAUGUUCACUGUUCCGAGCGGACUGCCAUCGGAUAUCCAGGUGAUCAACUUGGAUCGAAAUAACUUCCAAACGCUUCCAACACGCAUCUUCCAGGAACGCGGUCUCACGAAUCUGCAGAAGAUCUACUUGCAACACUGCCGACUGGGACGUAUUGCCGAGGACUCGUUUCACCAACUGACCAAUUUGGUUGAGCUGUAUUUAUCAGACAAUCUGCUUACUGAAGUGCCUACCAAGGCGCUGAAGGCUGCUAGCCACCUCCGUAAACUGCACCUGAACAACAACCCGAUCUCACAGCUGACAAACAGUUCCUUCCAGGGUCUUCAGCACCUACAACACCUCUCACUUGCCGGGUGUCAGCUGCAGCAUAUCGAUGUGGCCGCGUUCGCUGGCUUGGAGGAGCUCGGCUCUCUUUACCUUGACAAUAACCGCUUGACAAUGUUGAGUGCUGAGACGGUCUCAACGCUGCCACGUUUAUCUGAACUUACGUUGACCGGCAAUCCUUGGCACUGCGACUGUCAAUUGGCGCCUCUUCGCAAAUGGAUGAUUCUACGAAGCAUCGGCAAUUUGUAUGCUCCGUCGUGCGCCUCCCCCGAUCGUAUACGCGAAGUUCCAUGGACCGAGCUGGAUGUCGAAGAUUUUGCAUGCGCACCAGAGAUCGCCCUUCCACUUAACAUGCCAUUUGUCCACGUUGAGGAAGGAACCAACGUGACCCUCAUAUGCGGCGUCCGCUCGCAACCGAUGACGAUCAUCCGCUGGGAACCAGCCGAUUUCGGCAACGAGACUUACAUGGAUCCCGAUCGUUUCCACACGACGGAACAGGAACAGGGUCAGCAGGGUGUACACGUCAGUUCACUGCACAUCGAUCGUGUCCAGGUCGACGAUUCGGGCAUCUAUGUGUGCGUGUCAGAAAACAAGGCUGGUACGACAGCGGCUAAUUUCACACUGUACGUGACUAAACAGCUGCUAAAUCCCGCGCAUCUCGGCAAGACGGGCACGAUUGGCGUAAUCGCUUUUUUCGUCUUGUUGGCGAUCCUUAUUGCGCUCGGUCUUUGCCUAUUCGUGAUGCGCCAACGGCACCGCGCUAACGCCGACACAAAAGUGCCCCCAAAUCAGGGCUUCCUCAAGCAGCUCGCUGUUGUUAAGACUGUUAAGGGACAACCCGAAGUAAUUCCCGUUGUCGCCAGCAGUCCUAAAUCGGAGUUAGACGGUACUGACAGACGGACCGAAAAUGGUUCGUCAGGAUACGGUUCUGAUCAAACUCCGGACCUCGUUAACAAGAUUAGCGGAUUUGACAAAGAGCUUCACUUGUACAACGGACCAGUCGGCAACGGAUACGUGAACCCGGCAGACCCAGCGUACAGGCACUCGCCGAUGAUGAGCACACUGAACACCACGUACCAGCAGGAUGACUAUGCGCUAGGUCCAAUACCGGGUGAGCCCGGUCUUAGCCGAGUCUACUCCCCAGAGCCCCUCCCCCCUGUACAACCUAGCCAACCCAUACCAGCCCCCGCACCUCACUGGAACGUCAUUGCCGCCGCCACUGACAACCAACAACACUCCGACGCCGUUUACUACGGCCAUUCUUCUCAAGGAUGGGUGCAGGGAACGUCGGGAUCCGUCGAACCGUCUGCGCAAGUAGUCGGCUUACCUCAAGCGCCGUUGGCACCCAUAAUGGCAGCUCAUCAUCAUACUCAACAACAACAACAACAACAACAACAGCAACAGCAGCAGCAGCAGCAGCAACAACAACACCAACAACACCAACACCAACAACAACAACAACAACAACAACAGCAACAACAACAACAACAACAACAACAACAACAACAACAACAACAACAACAACAACAACAACAACAAGCGACAGGUGCAAAUAAUGGUAGCUGGGGUCCUGCGCCGGCGGUGCCACCUAGGGCACCAAUGGGCGCCUUAGUGUCGCCGCACGGAGACACUCGAUACUCACCAGACGAAGGUUAUGCGGAAGAAACGAUAUGUUAUGAGGGAACUGAAGUAUGAGUUAGGAAACAACGAAGUAGGAGAACUCUGACCGUGACAACCCAAAAUGAAGUCUUUUUCCCUCUAAAAGGAAUUAAUAAACUCCAAUGAGUUUCCAAAAUAAAACAGAAUAUAGGGUGUCUCUUGUACAAUACCUGUACAUAAAGUAUCCGUAUAAUAUAUUUGUUACUACUCACAAAGGGCA